GACCAUGGGAGCUGCCAAAACACCUGCCCCUGGGCUCCGAAGCCUCCUCAGUUUACUGGUGAUAUUAGUGGACGGGUGGCAUGACCUGGAUAACAGUGACUAUGAUUGCUGGCCUCUGGAAAAACCAGAUGAGUAUAACAUGCUGGACUGUGGAGGUCUUGAGAUGGCCUGGGUCCAGAGACCUCCAGAAAAGGCUGUGAGUGGGGAGUUCUUCAAUGUAACAUACGCAGUCUUUGCUUCAGAUCACUUUUACCACUAUGCUGUGCAAAACGGACUCCUUUCUCACAGCAAUGCUGCGGCAGCCAAGAAGUUCUGUGAAGAACAAGAGUGCCCUUUCAACUGGAAAGAUGCAAAUGGAGAGAACUGCUGCAUCCAUCACGCCAACAUCCACUCCUGCCCUUUGGCCUUCAUGGGGAAAGGUGGAAUAUGUGGCCCGUGGAUUCCAGAUGAUGGCCAGAUAUUUACUCACACCUUAUCUACAGCUGGAAAAAUGAGUCAGACAAACUGGACUGCCAAGGUCGUUUUGGUUCAUGUGGGGGUGACCUCUCUCAUCGCACACAUCAGGGUUGGGAAAAUGCAAGUUGCUCUGGAAGCCAAAACCACUGUUCUACCUGCAGUCGUCUGCGGAGAUGGUGUUUGUGAAGAAGAUGAAAGCUGUUCCACAUGUCCAGCUGACUGUGGGGAAUGCCCACUCACAGCUGAUGCCAAGAUAGCAAUUGCUUUACCAAUAUGUUUAGUCUGUGCUGGCUUCAUUCUGACAAUAAUGUGGUUUCAAUAUCAGAAGCAAAAGAUGUUUUGGGAUGAAAGCUGGAUUAUAGACUUCUCCCGCAUCAAACAAGAUCGCAUGCUACGGACGGCAAUGGGCAGCAUCAUUAGUGCAGCCCAUGCACCCAGCAACUCCAACGCCAGCUGUAUCACUGCCCUGAGUUCUUGCACAGCAGCUGUCAACACAUCCAGGAAACAGCACUUCACCCACACAGGGAUAUAUGAUGGCAGAACAGUCGCCAUCAAGAAAAUAAGGAAGAAGACAUUCACUUUGUCCAAAUCCAUACGCAAGGAAGUAAAGCAAGUGAGAGAACUUGAUCAUCCCAACCUCUGCAAAUUCAUCGGCGGUUGUACAGAGGUGCCAAAUGUUGCCAUUGUGACAGAAUACUGUCCAAAAGGUAGCCUGAGUGAUGUGCUGCUCAAUGAAGACAUUCCUCUCAACUGGGGCUUCAGGUUUUCCUUUGCUGGAGACAUUGCCCAAGGAAUGGCUUAUCUUCACCAGCAUAAAAUCUAUCAUGGAUGCUUGAAGUCUAAUAACUGUGUGAUAGAUGACCGUUGGGUCUGUAAAAUUUCAGAUUAUGGAUUACCAUCCUACAGAAAAGAGGAUCAUUGUGAGGGUGCUAGUACAUAUCAGCAGCGUUUGAGGCAGAUUUACUUGGCUCCCGAGGCCCAUUCAUCGUCAGACUUUGUCCUCACGUCCAUGGCAGAUGUGUACAGUUAUUCCAUCAUUUUAUUAGAGAUCGCAACAAGAAGUGACCCUGUGCAGGAUGAUUCUCAUUCAGCGGAAUAUUCCUCAUGCCUACCUCUGACAGAAUUAAUUUCAGGAAAGUCUGAGAAUUCCUGCCCAUGCCCUACAGACUAUGUGGAGCUAAUCAGGAGGUGCAGGAAAACCAACCCAACCCAAAGGCCUACAUUUGAGCAAGUCAAGAAGUUAUUGUACAAGAUGAAUCCUAACAAAGUUAGUCCAGUCGACAUGAUGAUGACUCUGAUGGAGAAAUACAGCAAACACUUGGAAGUAGUAGUUGCAGAACGAACCCAGGACUUAAUGCAUGAAAAGCAGAAGACUGAUCAUUUAUUAUAUAGUAUGUUACCCAAGCAAGUAGCAGAUGAUCUGAGGCAAGGAAAACCUUCACAAGCCCAAAGUUACGUAAUUGCCACUAUCUUUUUCAGUGACAUUGUUGGCUUCACUCAACUAUCCAGCACCAGCACACCUUACCAAGUGGUGGAUUUCUUAAACAAACUCUACACUACCUUUGAUGAAAUCAUAGACAACUAUGAUGUCUACAAGGUGGAGACGAUAGGAGAUGCCUACAUGGUAGUGUCGGGCGUGCCCAAAGAGAAUGGUAUUCAUCAUGCCAGUGAAAUAGCAAGUAUGGCUCUCGACCUGGUGGCUGUGUGCAAGACAUUUAGGAUUCCACACAAACCCAACACCCAGCUAAAGAUACGAGCAGGAAUCCACUCAGGGCCAGUUGUAGCUGGAGUUGUUGGAACCAAAAUGCCCCGGUACUGCUUGUUUGGAGACACUGUCAACACGGCUUCCAGGAUGGAGUCCACCAGUGAGGCCCUUAAAAUACAAUGCAGUUCAAAUACGUACCAGCUGUUGGAGCAGAUUGGAGAGUACAUAUUAGUGUGUCGUGGGAAUUUGCAAGUCAAGGGGAAAGGAGACAUGGUGACAUACUGGCUGGAAGGAAAGCAGAAUAUUGCCAUCCAGAAGACAGCACCCAUCACUACCACAACCUCUCAAGACCCUGAUGGAACUACUUUUAGUUUGAUUCCAGGAGUCUUGCCCAACGAUCCUCUCUCCAGCCCAGCUUAA